GCGAGGCCUGCAGGGGGCGGCUGGCGCCGCUCAGCCUGGACGCGGGGACGGGGCUUCCGGGAGUGACCGCAGGCCACCAUGAACAGCGGGGGCGACUACGACUUCAGGCGGGUGGCGAUCCGGCGGAAGUCAGGCUCCUACCUGCCGCCCGGGAUCCCCCGGCCCUGGAGCAGGCCCUCGCCGCACUUGCCGCGCGCUGACCGCGGCGCGGUUCGGGGCCAGGCCGCAGGCAUCAAUACCUGUCCAAAGGUCAGCCCACCUUGUACAACAAGCAACACAACCACAGAGGCUCAGGGAAUAAAUGGGAGGAUACCAGCAAAACGCUCAGCUGCAAGUCCAAAGCCACAAGUGCCUCCAAAGCCAUUACAUCUACAGAAUUCACCUUUAUCCUAUACACUCCAAGUCCCCAGGCUUAAAGCUUUACCCAGCGCAAAACCAAGGAUGGAGGAGUCUAAUCUGGCCCCUACUUCUUGUGCCUCAAAAGGAAAACCUAGCAAGGUAUCGGAUCUCAUCAGUCACUUUGAAGGAGGCAGUGUUUUGUCAAGUUACAUUGAUUUGCAAAAAGAUUCUACUGUGAACCUAAAUACUCCUCAAACUCCAGGACAGCAUGGAUUGAAUUCCACACCUACACGAAAAUUCCUGUGCCAACAUUCUCCACAGAAGCAGGAAAAUGAUACAGAUCAGACUCAGGACCAACAUAGUUGUUUGGCCAAUGGUGUGGUGGCAGCACAAAGCCAGAUGGAAUGUAAAGAUGAGAAAGAGAAUGCUCUUAGCCCAGAGACUUCCAUUCAAACUGCUGCAGCCUCUCUUGACACACACUGGGUAAAUGGAGAAAGAAAUGAAAUCACCACAGAUUCUGUGUCAUCCAUGACCAAUAGCCAUGAUGAAAAUGCUUCUGACAGCAACAGCAGGACUCCAGCUGCUGAUUUAGGGCCUCCCCCAAAAGGAGGGGAGCUAGGAAUGGAAACUGAGCUACAAGAGAGGGAAAAUGGAGGGAGCACCUUAGAACUGGACACGAUGGACCAGCACCAUGAAAUGAAGGAGACUAAUGAACAGAAACUUCACAAAAUAGCCAGUGAACUUUUGCUUACAGAAAGAGCUUAUGUCAGCCGGCUCAACCUCUUGGAUCAGGUAUUUUAUUGCAAACUAUUAGAAGAAGCAAACCGAGGCUCGUUUCCUGCAGAGAUGGUGAAUAAAAUCUUUUCUAACAUUUCAUCAAUAAAUGCCUUCCAUAGUAAAUUCCUAUUACCAGAGCUGGAGAAGCGCAUGCAAGAAUGGGAAAAUACUCCCAGAAUUGGAGAUAUCCUGCAAAAGUUGGCACCAUUCCUUAAGAUGUACGGAGAAUAUGUAAAGGGAUUUGAUAAUGCAGUGGAACUGGUUAAAACCAUGACAGAGCGCGUUCCCCAGUUCAAAUCUGUGACUGAAGAGAUUCAGAAACAGAAAAUCUGUGGAAACUUAACCCUGCAGCACCAUAUGCUGGAGCCCAUUCAGCGGAUCCCUCGCUAUGAGAUGCUCCUGAAAGACUACCUGAAGAAGCUGUCUCCGGACUCCCCAGACUGGAAUGAUGCAAAAAAGUCACUUGAAAUUAUAUCUACAGCAGCAAGCCAUUCUAAUAGUGCAAUAAGAAAAAUGGAGAACCUGAAGAAACUCUUAGAGAUUUAUGAGAUGUUGGGAGAAGAAGAAGAUAUUGUAAAUCCCUCAAAUGAACUAAUAAAAGAAGGACAAAUCCUUAAACUAGCAGCUCGGAACACAUCGGCACAAGAGCGCUACCUCUUCUUAUUCAACAACAUGUUGCUGUAUUGUGUACCCAGAUUCAGCUUGGUGGGUUCAAAAUUCACAGUUCGAACCAGAGUUGGCAUUGAUGGAAUGAAAAUUGUGGAGACUCACAAUGAAGAAUAUCCACAUACUUUCCAAGUGUCUGGGAAAGAAAGAACUCUGGAGCUUCAGGCCAGUUCUGAGCAAGACAAAGAAGAAUGGAUCAAGGCCCUUCAAGACAGUAUUGAUGCUUUUAAUCAAAGGCAUGAAACCUUCAGAAAUGCUAUUGCAAAGGAUAAUGACAUUCCCCUAGAAGUUUCUACUGCAGAGCUAGGAAAAAGAGCUCCGAGAUGGAUACGGGAUAAUGAAGUAACAAUGUGCAUGAAGUGCAAAGAGUCCUUCAAUGCACUGACAAGAAGGCGGCAUCACUGCAGAGCAUGCGGACAUGUGGUUUGUUGGAAAUGUUCUGACUACAAAGCUCAGCUUGAGUAUGAUGGUGGAAGAUUGAACAAAGUUUGUAAAGACUGUUAUCAGAUAAUAAGUGGAUUCACAGACAGUGAAGAAAAGAAAAGAAAAGGGAUUUUAGAGAUUGAGUCAGCAGAAGUAUCAGGAAAUAGUGAGGUGUGCAGUUUUCUCCAGUACAUGGAGAAGUCAAAACCUUGGCAGAAAAUAUGGUGUGUGAUCCCCAAGCAAGACCCCCUUGUGCUGUACAUGUAUGGUGCUCCUCAGGAUGUCAGAGCCCAGGCGACCAUACCACUCCUGGGCUACAUUGUGGAUGACAUGCCUAAGAGUGCAGAUCUGCCACACAGUUUCCGACUGACUCAGUCCAAGUCUGUGCACAGCUUUGCUGCAGACACUGAGGAACUGAAACAGAAAUGGCUGAAAAUCAUCCUUCUAGCUGUCACAGGAGAGACACCAGAUGGCCCACGUGAGCAUCUAGACACUUUAAACAAUCUUCCUGGACCAAAAAAAAAGUCAGAAUGCUAAACUCCAGCAGCUGCCAAUGUGGAGAUUCUGGUAAGACAAAUAGCUCAAGAUAUUGUCAGGUCCUUCCUUGUCUUAUAGCACUUUACAUUGAGAAAUAUGGUUUAAUAAAUAUAUCUGUCAGAAACUUUUUUUCAUGUUUGCAUACUCUGUAAAAUCAGUGUGCAGAGCCAUUCUACUGUUGAAGUUCUGAAAUAAUAUGGAAGAUGGAACAUUUUUGAUAAGCUAUUCCUUAACUAUAUGUAUUUUGUUCAAGGCUCGAGGGGGAAAAAUGUAAGUUGACUGUCUCACUACCUGGUUAUAAUGGGCCUUUCAUUUAAGAAAUCCUUCAAUGUCUUGUUCACAUGUAGGACUUGCAAUGGUGUGAAAGAUAUACCUCCAUGUAACCAAAAUAGAUCUGUGGUAAAAAGUCUAGAGACAGUUUAGAAUAUUGUAUGAGCUUGUCUAGUUUGUAAGUCUCAUGCUACAUAAAUGGUUUCUGUUCUUCAUCCAACACAAAAAAAUAAAAGUUGCUGCUGUCAUACUUUUUUACUUAAUAUAAUGCUUGUUUUUGUAGAAUUACCCUAAUAAUAAAAUAUCUAAAAUAUAAAUCAGUUUAUGUACAUAUAGUUUGGAAAAUCAAUAUGAACACAUGAGCUUUUCUCUUCAGCUUGACGUUCAUUUUCACUCUGGUUCAUUUUUUAAAUAUAAAACCUAUUUUAUCUCUGAACUCAGCAGUGUUUUAAACUUAAGAAAAAUUUUGAUAAUUUAUGUUGAACUGAUUGGAAUCCAAGUGUAUUAAUAUUUUUAUAGUAAAAAGCAGUGAUUUAUGUGGUGUGGGAUAUAGUUUGAAUUCCAACAGUAUUUUAGAGUACUAUUUUUUUGUUCUGUACCUAUUUAAAGCAGUGCCUCUCUUAGAAGGUGCUAUUAAUACUUAUUUAGAUAAACAAUGAGAGUUUAAUUAAUGUUAACUAAACACUUAUUUUUAACUCCCUGAUUUUUCUCAAUUUAAGUGCACUUUGGUCCCUGACAUUAAAAAUUGUAUGGAUUAUUUUACAUUUUACAAUAACAUAAUUGUCGUAGUAACUUAACAUCAGCAUGAGCAAAAAUGUUUCCUAAAACUUGAACAGUAUAAAACAUCUGAGCCAGGUGGUGGUGGCACACACCUUUAAUCCGAGCACUUGGGAGGCAGAGGCAGGUGGAUCUCUGUGAGUUCAAGGCCAGCCUGCUCUACAAAGGGAGUUCAGGACAGUGAAGACUACACAGAGAAACCCUAUCUCAAAAAAAAAAAAAAAAAAAAAAAAAGAAAAUAAAAAUACAUCAGUCCUUAUACAGACCUAGGGUAUGUGGAAAACAUUUUUUUAAUGUUUAAUGUUUUCCUUUCUGUAAGACUAUUAGGAAUGCUUAAAUGAGGACUAUGUAUAAUGAACACUUAAGAUGACUGUGAACUUUGCUUUUGUCAGUUACAAAACAGGUCUUUCAUAUGCCAGCUUAUCUGGGAGAAGAGAGUUACUAGAUAGAUAGUAAAGGAAAUUUAUGUGUAAUCAUUCACUAGAAAAGUGAUCUGAAACCAGUAUUUCAGAUUCGAUAAUGGCAUGUUUCCAGGAGAUGUGAAUAAUCAAAGAAAGUGCAGAAUUAUUCUCCCUUUUUAUAUCCCAAGUGGACUUUCAGAUGAACUUUGAGCUUGUGACUAAAAUUUUAUGUUGUGUUACUAUUUAACAUAAUACUUUCUCAUAUUGGAGUUUUUCUUACUUUUCCAUUCUCCAAACAUUACCACUUUUAUUGCACUGUUUAUUGGGGAUCCAUAAGAAUGUCUCCACUGCACACAGUCUUCAAGUCUGCAUUGAGAUGUAGAGUAUAGUACUCAGAAUUUGAGACCAUCACACAUUUAUACAACUCAUGAUGCAUAAGAAGUAUCUCUUGUUUUUCCCUAUUCCAAAGGAGCAAGGGAACCAAUGAGAGUCCCUGCCUCAUGAAAUACCAGAUAUGAACAUUAACAUUAAAUCAUCUGUUUAGAGCCACUAAUGGCAGAAACAAAAAAGGCUAACUCAUUAUUCCCUACUAUAUGAAGGCUAAAUAAAAAGAAAUUGUGUGUUGUUUCUCUCUUCUAGUUGUCAACACUGAUGCUGUGUCUGGGUGGGAGAAAGAGACAGGUGUGCAGGAUGCCUGUUGACAAAAUUGAACAAUUACUGUACACCUUAUUUUUCAUAUUUCAAGAAAAGAGAAGCAGUUAAAUAUAGAAUGACUACAUCAGAAUAAAGAUGACUUUUGUAAACAUGAAUGGAAUAAUGAUUGGGAUAUCCCACUUAGAAGAUUUUCAUCAGAUUAUUAAAAAAAAAAAAACCCUAUUUGAUCAGCAACAAGAGUACAUGUUUGCCUACCAGCAAAUUCUCAAAUAGAAGUAAUGUGGAUAGAUAUUCAGUAUUGUAAAACUUAGAUUAUUGAAAGGAUACUAAUAAAAAAGAUGUUAGCAUGUUCUUCUUGUUCAUAAAAUUAGGAAUGUUAGUGCCAGAAGAGGAUUUGUCCACUUUUACCUGUGUCUCACUCUUAGCUAAGUGCAAACAGUGAGUAGCUUCCCCCCUCCCUGCCUCUCUCUCUCUCUCUCUCUCUCUCUCUCUCUCUGUCUCUCUCUCAUCAUUAAUACUUUUAAUAGGAGAAAAAAGUAAUAGAAUAAUAUUAGUUACUUAUUAAAAACUCAAAUCUGGAGCUAAGGAAAAUUCUAUGCAAGAAUGAAAAACAGGUCAGUCAGAGUUCCAGAACCCACAUAACGACCAGGCAAACAUGGCCCAGUGCAACAGAGGCAGGGACAGGAAGUCUUGGUCAGGCACGCUAGUCAGAUGGCCAAAGCAGCAAGUACAGGUACAGCAAAUAGCCUUGCCUCAAUACAUGAGGUAGAGAGGCACCAAGGAAGUCUCCUUACAUCAACCUCAGAUCUCUACACAUGUGCACAAUUUCCUAAAUAUAUGUGAACACACAUACAUGGAUACUGUGCACAUAUAUACAUAUUCAAAACAUUAAUUCAAAUAAACUCUAAUCCAAGAUAUUAUUAGAAUAAUUAACCUCUUGAGAUAACUGAGGUUUCAUGAGAAAUUGAGCCUGAAAAUAGCAUCAGUUGCUUUCCUGUUCAAAUAAAUAUUCUAUGUUGUUCUUAUUAUGUUGUACAUUCUAAUUUUGUGCAUCCAAAAGUCAUCUUUAAGAAAAGUGUCCUUUCUUCAAACUUAAGAAGAUAUGUCUUGGAUAAAACUGUUACUCAUUAAAAGCAAACCAACUUUCAACUUAAUUGUUGCUUUUGUUGAAAGUCCACCAUUUAGUAAAUAUAAGACAUGGUGCAUACUUUUAUCUUGAGUAUUAAAUAGAUUUCAAUAAUCAAAAAUGCCACUAGUCACUUUCGUAAUAAUGCCAAGCAAUAAAGAUCUCCAGGUAUGAGUUCAUGCUAAAAGUUUAAUAUGAAGACCCUAAGCCACAGCAUAUAAAGAAUCAACUUCCUAGAAGUGAUGUGAAAAGUCAAAUGGCUGAGCACAGGGAAAGGAAUGGAAGGUAUUGUUUUAAUGCUUCAGAUACUAUCAACUGUAUUUUAUUUUUACAAAUGAUAUAUGCAGGUAGUGAAACAGUUAAUUUCCUUUGCUCUGUUUUAUCAGCUGUGUUGUGUUUUUUGUGAACUGAAUUCAACAUAAAUUCCAUGGUACUUCAUGGUUAUCAAAGAGCCACUGAAGCCUUCUAAAAACUUUUUCUCAGAAAUAUUCUGAAGUUCAUGACGGUGUUGUUUUUCGUCCUCUUUUUUGACAGAGAAGGUUUCUCUCCAAUUAUCUUCAGAUGUCAUUUGUUUAUCUUUCAAGCUUUAAGUUAUUCAGAGCAUAAUGUCCGCAGUGCAUUGUUAAUCAUGAUCUGUCAUUGCAAGUAAGCAUAAGUAAGAGCAAAUAAAUUUCUAGGAAGCACAGGUCUUAUUUGGGCAGUUAUCUCUGCUAGAAGGUUACUUUCCUACAUCAAAUGAUGUUCAUGUUAAUAGAUCCAAGAUAAGCACAUGAUAUUUAUAGCCUAAAAUUUGAAAGACAGGACUAUCUUAGUGUUUUCAGUUUUUAAUGUUGUAUUGUUCAAGAGUGAAUGAAUAUAAGAACUGUGGCUAAAGAGUUCCUGUUGUUAGAAUUAUGUUGACAUCUGUAGUGGAUCCUCUUAGUUCUUUAUUCUUAGUUUCAUUAGAAUCAAAUUGUUUUUAUUUUUCUAUAACUAUCAAACAAUAGGUUCACUAGACUUGAAAAAUGUUUUAAACCACUAUAUCUAUUUUAAAACCCUGCCUGUGACUUUAUAUCUAUAUGUGAAAGUGUAAAAAUUAUUAAUCAUCAAUUCUCACCAAAGGAACAAAAUGUAUGUAAAUUUAAGUUAAGUAUUAACAAAAAAUAUUCAUAUGUAUUUUUAAUGUUAUAAUUCACCUUUGCCAAGGCCCUGAAUCUUGCUAGGGUACAGGAAGAAACAAUUUUGCUUUUGUUACAGGUAUAUAGAGAGCACUGAGCUUAGCAACUGAAACAAGGAAUAGAUGGAAAUGGGUAGAUGGACUACUGUCUCCAGGGUCCUGAACUCCACAAGGAAAUAAAGUGGAAGGCAUCUAUGUACUUGUUUGUUGAUGGAAUCCUGUACCCAGGCUUUGACCAUGGCCUCUAAAUUAUAGCUGACACUAUUUUAUUAUUACUUUAUUUUUCCUUUAAUCUUUUAAAAAAUAAUUUCAUUCUAUAAAUCAUUUUCUUCUGUUUUUAACUCUAAAGUUAACUUUUUAAGCUAAGGGCAUGGCCUUUUCUGUAUUCAAGAUUUAAUAACAAAUGGCUUCUACAAGAUGGUUAAUUUGUUUGGGGGGGUGCGGGUGAGGGUCAUCCUUUGUCCUAAAAUUCAUUGUGAUCAAUUUGGAAAAAAAAAAUCAAAUUUUAGUAUAUUUUAAUAAGUGAAUACUAAAUACAUAAAGUAAAGACAGGUUUGGAAACAAACAGACCUUAGAGCCCAUUAUGAUGACAGAAUUGUUUUGUGUAUUGCAGUAUAUGAGGACUCAUAUAUAUUAUAGAUAUCAUUAGCAUAUAAUCAUUUGUAUGUAAAAACAGACUGGUAUUUCCUAUUUUAAGGGACAAUUAAGUGUUAUUAAAAAAUUGUCUUGAUUUUUUUUGACUUGUUGACCAAGUUUGAAAAGGCAUAUCAGAAUUUUAUAGUUGACUCUAAUGUGAAAAAAAUAAAACAUCCCUAUUUUCCAGUGGUAUGAAUGUAUAAUACUUGGACAUAGUGUAUAUAUAGUGUAACAUCUGUAUAUUUGAUCAUAAAGGCAGAUAAUUGAAAACCUUGUAAAAUUAGUCCUUUAAUUCUUGUUAAAUAUGAAACAUUUGUAUCUUGUAAAUAAAGACAUCCUUAAAUUGGU